GCGCUGUCCCGGUGCCGGGGCCGGUCCCGCAUCCCCGGGGCUGGAGCCGCCCAUCCCCGGCGGGGUGAGUCCGUGGGAUUCGGGGGUGGAAACUUCGCCCCCUCCCCUCCCCUUCGCUCCCCUCCCCUCCCUCCCGCAGCAGCGGCAGCGGCAGCGGCGGGCGGGCAGAGCGGGGAGCGCUGCGGGAAUUGGCAGCCCGCGGCCGGAGAAGGGAGCUGGAGCGGGAACAGGUUGUGGGAUCCGGCCGGGGGAGGAAGGCUGGGCUCUGCCCGGCCGCUAGCCGAGCCUGGGCUCUGGAGAUGGAGAUGGAGCUGCUGCCCCGCCGGCCGGCCGUGUGCUGAAGGGAUGGACAGCGCAUCGCUGCGGGGCAGCCCGGCCCCGGCUCGCCGCUCCCCGGGCAGCUGAGCCGCUCCCGAACUUCCAGCGGAGACUUCCACCCGCACCUCCGGCAGCUCAUCCCCUGGCUUUUUGCUCCUCUGCUUGUGCGUGAAUGCUGAACACCGAGAGGUCUGCCUGAAAGCCUGCGAGAGCUUGGGAAAAGCCACCGUGGAGAGUUGUGGCGUUUUGGAUUUAUUUGGCACCAAGCACUCACACCUCUGCUCGAGGGAUUCGUAUGGCUUGAAGGGCGGAGCUGGCAGCUGGCACGCGGAGCCCCAUGGAUCCCCUCAACCUCUCGUGGUACGACGGGGACAGGAACUGGAGCAGGGCCCUGAACGCCUCGGAGGCGGCGCAGAGGCCGCACUACAACUACUACGCCAUGCUGCUCGCCCUCCUCAUCUUCAUCAUCGUCUUCGGCAACGUCCUGGUGUGCAUGGCCGUGUCCCGGGAGAGAGCCCUGCAGACCACCACCAACUACCUGAUCGUCAGCCUGGCCGUGGCUGACCUGCUGGUGGCCACGCUCUGCAUGCCCUGGGUGGUCUACAUGGAGGUGGUCGGGGAGUGGCGGUUCAGCCGCAUCCACUGCGAUAUCUUUGUCACCCUGGAUGUCAUGAUGUGCACUGCCAGCAUCCUCAACCUCUGUGCCAUCAGCAUCGACAGGUACACAGCCGUGGCCAUGCCCAUGCUCUACAACACCCGCUACAGCUCCAAGCGCAGGGUCACCGUCAUGAUCGCCGUGGUCUGGGUGCUCUCCUUUGCCAUCUCCUGCCCGCUCCUCUUCGGCCUCAACAACACAGAUGAGAAGGAGUGCAUCAUUGGCAACCCUGCCUUCGUGGUGUACUCCUCCAUCGUGUCCUUCUACGUGCCCUUCAUCGUCACGCUGCUGGUGUACGUGCAGAUCUACAUCGUGCUGCGGCGGCGCAGGAAGCGCGUCAGCACCAAGCGCAGCAGCCACGUGCUGGACUCGGACACGCAGGCGCCCCUGAAGGACAAAUGCACUCAUCCAGAAGACGUCAAGCUCUGCACAGUUAUUGUGAAGUCCAAUGGGAGCUUCCAAGUUAAUAAGCGCAAAGUGGAGGCAGAGAGUCACAUAGAAGAGAUGGAAAUGGAGAUGGUGUCCAGUACCAGUCCCCCUGAGAAAGCGGCCCUCAAACCCACAGCACCAAGUAACCACCAGUUGAUUGUGCCAGUUGCUUCUAAUCGGGGCAACAACUCUACCCUGCAGGCACCCCUGAGCAGCCCUGGGAAGGUGGAGAAGAAUGGCCAUGCCAAAGAAUCCCACCACACAGCCAAGGUCUUCGAGAUCCACUCCCUGCCCAACGGCAAGACGAGGAACUUGCUCAAGGCCGUGAUCAGGAGGAAACUGUCCCAGCAGAAGGAGAAGAAAGCCACCCAGAUGCUGGCCAUCGUGCUCGGUGUUUUCAUCAUCUGCUGGCUCCCCUUCUUCAUCACUCACAUCCUGAACAUGCACUGCGACUGCAACAUCCCGCCGGCCAUGUACAGCGCCUUCACGUGGCUCGGCUACGUCAACAGCGCUGUCAACCCGAUUAUCUACACCACCUUCAACAUCGAGUUUCGCAAGGCUUUCAUGAAGAUCCUCCACUGCUAAAGCCACAAACAGCACCCGCAUUUUUUUUGGGAUGGGAAGAGGAAGCGAUGCCAUUCACGCACGGCGGGGCGGCCGGGGACGGGCUGGAGCUCUUGAGCCGGGCAGCGCUCGGUGCCCGAGCGCCUGGCGGGGAUGGCACGAGGCAGGAGGGUCUCUCACCCCGCUGGGUGACCUCUGGACCGGCCCCAAGGGCGCUUUUCAGAGCCACCCUCGCGCCGUGUUGGAAGUGGAAGUGCGAGAAUCGAGGCGCUCUCGCUCGGUUCUCGCCCGUGGCCGCCCGGCCUGGAGUGCACUGGACACGCUGGACACAGAGUGGCCACGGGGCCAGCAGGAGGUAGCGCUGGGCCAGCGGCACAACUCUCACCAAAGACAAGGCCGUCCUUCCCGCUUGGCAGCAGGAGCCACACGGGGCCUCCGGGAGCUCCGUGCAAUAGCUUUGCCUUCACCUCGAGCUGACUCACCCGGUGUUUAACUGCUGAAGCCUUCAGAAAUUACAUAAAAACCAACCCAAAAAACUUUCAGAGGUCCCCAGGCGGGUCGAGAAGGUUCUGCCACCCACAGACCCUGCAGCAGAGUGAGCCUACGAGCCAUGGGUGGAAGGGAGAAGGGGGCAUCAGAUUCACAUCAAACCAUCGGUGUAAAUAGGAUGGAUUUUGGAGCCCCAAGCCAAAAAAAAAAAAAAAAAAAAGAGAUGGAGAGGGAAAUACAAGGAGUAGAUCCUUGCCUUGCAUGGUGUACAUCCAACAGGACCCCCUCAUCUCCCAUCAGUGAUUUCUGCCCACCAGCAGCUCAUCUCCAGGCUCUGCCCAGGGUGACAGCAGGGGAGGGGUGGCAGCGUGGUGAAUGUACAGACACGAGGACACUGUGCCAGGGGAGGCACCCUGAGCACCCAGCCGGGCCAGGGCUGGUUCUUCUCACCUAAAUCAGGGGUCCCAAGGAGCACCUCGGCUCUGAUUUGCCUCUGCCUCUCCCCAGAGAGUGCAGAAUAACAUUGUGCCUAAUUUAAAUCAACAGUCAAGGAGAUAAAACUGUGCAUUUUGGAAAAAGCCAGAAUAAAACCCCAAGAAAGCCCCUACCUGGACCAGCUCCUGUGUCCAAGCUGGACUCUGGAAAGGUCUGGAUGUUUCCAGCAUCCCUUACUCUCUGCUAUCUAUUUUUCCAUGGGUUCUAGGGGUGGAAAGCCCAUGAGAGCAUCAUUUCACCACGCUGAAUCUGGCACUGCCAAACCCACGCUGUACGUGCUAUUUGUACUCAGUCCACGUGCUACUUUGCAAUAUCUCUGUAAAUAAAACACAGCAAGGUGAAUAAAACAACGUGGAAAUA